CCAAGAUCCAUCUUUAAACCUUCUAAGAACCCCUCAAAACAGCAUGCAGAUCAAAGGCUCCAUCGCUCUCGUCACCGGGGCAGCUAAAGGAAUUGGACUCGCGUUUUGCACAGCUCUGCUUAAGAACGGAGCUGCUUCGGUAUGAAUGUAAAAUUGUUGUUGUGCUGUGGUUCUACUAUUGCUUUACUGCUUGCCGGGUCGUAGAAGGGGCGCUAUAGCAGUUCUUUUCUGGUAGCUUUUACAAUAUUAUGGUGCGAAUAAUUGACAUUUGUAUCAAUAGUGGACUGAAAGCACAGGAAAAUCUCGAGGCUCAGUUUGGUCCUGGGACAGCAGAAUUUAUAGAGUGUGAUGUCUGUAACAGGGAAAAGCUAUCAGAAGCCAUCCGCCAAACAGUUAAAGAUCACAGCAAGCUAGACAUUCUUUGUAAUAAUGCAGGAAUCAUAGAUGAAAAGAACUGGCCCAAAUCGGUAGAGCUUAAUUUGAUGUCAGUGAUUCAUGGUACUUACAUUGGAAUGGAAGAAAUGAGCUCUGGGGUCAUAGUCAAUGUAUCGUCAAUGGGGGGUCUAGCCCCUAUUAGCGUCACUCCAGUGUACAGUGCUGCUAAGCAUGGCGUGAUUGGGUUCACACGCAGUAUUGCGCCGGUUGCCCAUCGCAAGGGUAUCCGCGCCGCCUGCAUCUGCCCAGUUUUCACAGACACGCCCUUAUUAGAUAAGAUAAAAGAAGAAAUGCCUCAGAUGUCUACACUACUGGAACACAUCGGUGUUUGCACAGUUGACCAAAUUGCUGAGGGAUUUCUUCAGUUGCUCCAGGACGACGAGAAAGUGGGAGGGGUCCUGAAGGUCACGGCCAAAGACGGCGUGGGUUACGAGGAGUUCAAGUACCAAGGAAUUUAGGAGGAUUGUAUCAUCCUAGCAAAAUUCCAAGCCAAGCCACGAGUGAAGAUAGCCAUUUUCCAGAUGGAAUUUGUCUUUAUUUUGAUACAAUUUGUGUACUACUACUGUAAAGAAAAAUAUGUUUUAGUAUUGGUGAUUUGGCAACAUUCAACCAAUCCUAUAUGCAUAAAGAUUUCUAGUUCGUCACUGAAACAGACGAUGCCAUGUCUUUUUUCCAAAAUACACAAUACGGAAGCGGAAACGUUUCCAAUGAAAAAAAGUUCCCUUGUUAAUUGGAGAUGUUUGGCUUGCCCCCUCUCGCAACGGCCUGGUCAAAAAACAUAUAUUUCAAUAUAAUAUUCCUCUGAUGUUAAUAUCAUACACAAUGUACGCAGGGUGAAAAUAAACAGUUUUAAUAAAAAUACUGUGAGUAGCA